GCUGCACACAUGUACACUUGAAAACAUUGUUUUCAUUUCAUUUUAUUUUGAAGUUUUCGGUCGCUGUUUAAUGAAACACAUUGUGUUUUCGGUCGCUGUGCAAACAAAUUCACACUAGAACGUUUGAAUACAAUAACUGGACUGUCCUUUAUUUAAAUUUGACCUUUAGUAAAGAGUUGCGAAAUAUAAAAUUUGUCAACAACAAACAUGAUAAGGAAAGUUGUUUUGGUUUUCGCGAUUGCCCUUGUGCUUAUGUCUAAUUUUACUGAAACAACGUUGUCGGGUAAAGACAAGAAGAAGAAGGAAAGUAAGCCAGCGGUAAAAUUAUCUGACAAAACUGUUGAAGAAAGAGGUCUGGUUGUGGAGAAUGCAAAGACUAAAGACAUCAUCAAAGAAAAUCAAAAUUAUUGUGAAAAGACAACAGAAGAUAAGCAAUUUGAAGGAGAUACACUUGGAUAUGUAACUCCUUGGAAUAACCAUGGUUACGAUGUUGCUAAAAUCUUUGGUAAUAAAUUCAGCUAUAUUUCUCCUGUAUGGCUGCAAAUAAAAGCAAAACCAGGUGGUGGAUAUUUCAUUCAAGGUGGACAUGAUAUUGAUCAAGGCUGGGUAGCUGAUGUCAAAAAGAAAGGGGAACGAAAAGUUAAAAUUUUGCCUAGGUUACUGUUUGAUGGAUGGAGUCAACAAGAUUACAAAGGACUAUUUUCAAAAGAAGAUAAUAUGCAAAAACUUGCCAAAACUGUUGUGGAGUUUCAUAAAAAAGAAAAAUUUGAUGGAGUUGUUUUAGAAAUUCUCAGCCAAAUGCAGGGACAGAAAAAGGAAGAUGCUAUCCAUCUGAUUGCUGAUAUGGCAGAUGCCCUGCAUGAAGAAAAUAUGAAAUUUAUUUUAGUUAUUGCACCACCAGUUACUCAAGGACCUGGACCAAACUCACCGAUUGGUUGGGUUAAAGCAUGUGUACAAACAUUAGCACCAGAACCUGGACCAAGACGUCAAAAGAUUUUACUUGGACUUAAUUUCUAUGGUUAUAUGUUCCAAGGUAUGAAUGUGGAAGCUGUCCUAGGUACCAGGUAUAUAGAGUUAUUAACAAAACACAAACCAAAACUGAAAUGGGAUUCUGUUGUGGCAGAACAUUCAUUUGAAUACAAAGGUGGUUAUCAAGUAUUCUACCCAACCCUAAAGUCUAUUAAGAUGAGAGUGGACCUAGCAAAGGAGCUUGGCACAGGAUUAUCUAUAUGGGAAAUCGGUCAAGGAUUGGACUAUUUCUAUGAUCUGCUGUAGACUUUGAUAAAUGGAUGGGAUAUGAUCUUGCUGAACAAAAAAUUAAGGGCACUUGAUAAAGUUGCAUCCUGCACAAUUGUUUUAUUCAUUGCUACAGGGUACGACCCCCCCCCCCCCAUAGAUUAUACAUACCGGUAAUGCAAAGUACUACAGAAACGAGCACAUUAUAUCCUUCCCGUAAAACAUGACAUUGUACAAUAGGUGAUUUUCUGUUCAACUGCGAGGUCUCGCCUGCCACAAAAAUCAAACGAUUUGAUUUUGAAUACCCUCACUUAAUCAAAAUUGCACAGCACAUUAUUAAGCAUGGAAAUGCUCCCCCAAAAUAUUUUCGGGUUUGUCGAAUCCCGCACAAUGUUUGAUGCCACUACAACGCUAUGACCUUUGUUUGCUCGAUUUCACGCAGUGAACGGAAAGUGGUCUAAAUAUGUACCAGCUUUAAAAUUUUAUGGUGUAAAACUCAAUCUAUGCAUUCACAAAUGGCAAUAAAUCUUAAAGUUCUAA